UCAGAGGUCAUACAUAGACCAGUCCUCUCCACGUUCCCGGCACUGAAGCCGAUGGCUCAGGGAUUCUGCUGGGCACCGCCUUACUGGUGUUGGGAAUGGAGAGGAAAGAGUUUGAUUUAGGGAUGAAGGAAGUCUCAACCAUCUUCCCAGGAGUCAGUACAACCUUUAUCACGCUCAGGAACCAGGCACAACAUAUUCAGGAACCCCCAGCCUCACAAAUGAGAAGAGACUUCCCUGAAGGUAUCUAGAGGUCUCUCUCCUUGGGUGAAUCCGGAGCCGUGAAGGAUGGAGUCCUUGGACCGGAGAAGAACAGGCUCUGAGCAAGAGGAGGGUUUUGGGGUGCAGUCCAGGAGGACCACUGAUCUGGGCAUGGUCUCCAAUCUCCGACGAAGCAAUAGCAGCCUUUGCAAGAGCAGGAGGCUUCUGUGCCCCUUCAGCAGUGAGAAGCAAGAAAACCUUAGCUCAUGGAUUCCCGAGAACAUCAAGAAGAAGGCAUGUGUGUACUUCGUGGAAAGUUCCAAACUCUCGGAUGCAGGGAAGGUAGUGUGCGCGUGUGGCUACACCCAUGAACAGCACUUGGAAGUGGCCAUCAAACCUCACACCUUCCAGGGCAAGGAGUGGGACCCAAAGAAGCAUGUCCACGAGAUGCCCACAGAUGCCUUUGGUGACAUCGUUUUCACAGGCCUGAGCCAGAAAGUGGGGAAGUAUGUCCGAGUCUCCCAGGAUACGCCCUCCAGUGUCAUCUACCAGCUCAUGACCCAGCACUGGGGCCUGGAUGUCCCCAACCUCCUCAUCUCCGUGACUGGUGGGGCCAAGAACUUCAACAUGAAGUUGAGGCUGAAGAGUAUUUUCCGGAGAGGCCUGGUCAAGGUGGCCCAAACCACAGGGGCCUGGAUCAUCACUGGAGGGUCCCACACGGGCGUGAUGAAGCAGGUGGGCGAGGCGGUACGGGACUUCAGCCUGAGCAGCAGCUGCAAAGAAGGUGAAGUCAUCACUAUUGGCAUAGCCACGUGGGGCACCAUCCACAACCGCGAGGGGCUGACCCAUCGCGCGGAAGGCCUCCCUGCUGAGUACAUGUUGGAUGAGGAAGGUCAAGGGAACCUGACCUGCCUGGACAGUAACCACUCCCAUUUCAUCCUGGUGGAUGAUGGGACCCAUGGGCAGUAUGGUGUGGAGAUUCCUCUGAGGACUAAGCUGGAGAAGUACAUCUCAGAGCAAACGAAGGAAAGGGGGGGUGUGGCCAUCAAGAUCCCCAUUGUCUGCGUGGUGUUGGAGGGUGGCCCUGGCACUCUGCAUACCAUCUACAACGCCAUCAACAAUGGCACGCCCUGCGUGAUAGUGGAGGGCUCCGGCCGAGUGGCUGAUGUCAUCGCUCAGGUGGCUGCUCUGCCUGUCUCUGAGAUCACCAUCUCCCUAAUCCAGCAGAAGCUCAGCAUCUUCUUCCAAGAGAUGUUUGAGACUUUCACAGAAAACCAGAUCGUGGAAUGGACCAAAAAGAUCCAAGAUAUUGUCCGGAGGCGGCAGCUGCUGACAAUCUUCAGGGAAGGCAAGGACGGUCAGCAGGAUGUGGAUGUGGCCAUUCUGCAGGCGUUACUGAAAGCCUCUCGAAGCCAAGACCACUUCGGCCACGAGAACUGGGACCAUCAGCUGAAGCUGGCCGUGGCCUGGAACCGAGUGGACAUCGCUCGCAGUGAGAUCUUCACCGACGAAUGGCAGUGGAAGCCUGCAGAUCUGCAUCCCAUGAUGACCGCUGCCCUCAUCUCCAACAAGCCUGAGUUCGUGAGACUCUUCCUGGAGAAUGGGGUGAGGCUGAAGGAGUUUGUCACUUGGGAUACCCUUCUCUGCCUGUACGAGAACCUGGAGCCAUCCUGCCUCUUCCACAGCAAGCUGCAGAAGGUGCUGGCCGAAGAACACGAGCGCUUAACCUACACACCCACGAAACCCCGGCUGCACAUGCACCACGUGGCCCAGGUGCUGCGUGAACUCCUGGGGGACUCCACGCAGCUGCUGUACCCCCGGCCCCGGUACACUGACGGUCGGCCACGGCUUUCGCUGCCCAUGCCACACAUCAAGCUGAACGUGCAGGGAGUGAGCCUCCGGUCCCUCUAUAAGCGAUCAACAGGCCAUGUUACCUUCACCAUUGACCCAGUCCGAGAUCUUCUCAUUUGGGCCAUCAUUCAGAACCACAGGGAGCUGGCGGGCAUCAUCUGGGCUCAGAGCCAAGACUGUAUCGCCGCAGCAUUGGCCUGUAGCAAGAUCCUGAAGGAGCUGUCCAAGGAGGAGGAAGAUACAGACAGCUCUGAGGAGAUGCUGGCACUGGCGGAUGAAUUUGAACACAGAGCUAUAGGUGUCUUCACUGAGUGUUACAGGAAGGAUGAGGAAAGAGCCCAGAAGCUGCUUGUCCGUGUGUCUGAGGCCUGGGGGAAGACCACCUGCCUGCAGCUGGCCUUAGAGGCCAAGGACAUGAAAUUCGUAUCUCACGGAGGCAUCCAGGCUUUCUUAACCAAGGUAUGGUGGGGCCAGCUAUGUGUGGACAAUGGUCUGUGGAGGAUUAUCCUGUGCAUGCUGGCCUUCCCGCUGCUCUUCACCGGCCUCAUCUCUUUCAGAGAAAAGAGACUGCAGGCACUGUGCCGCCCAGCCCGGGUCCGUGCCUUCUUCAACGCGCCCGUGGUCAUCUUCCAUCUGAAUAUCAUCUCCUACUUUGCCUUUCUCUGCCUGUUUGCCUAUGUGCUCAUGGUGGACUUCCAGCCGUCACCAUCCUGGUGCGAGUGCCUCAUCUACCUGUGGCUCUUCUCCCUGGUGUGCGAAGAGACACGGCAGCUAUUCUACGAUCCUGAUGGCUGCGGGCUGAUGAAGAUGGCGUCCUUGUACUUCAGUGACUUCUGGAACAAACUGGACGUUGGGGCUAUUCUGCUCUUCAUAGUAGGGUUGACCUGCCGGCUCAUCCCAGCGACGCUGUACCCUGGGCGCAUCAUCCUGUCUUUGGACUUCAUCAUGUUCUGUCUCCGUCUCAUGCACAUCUUCACGAUUAGCAAGACACUGGGGCCCAAGAUCAUCAUCGUCAAGCGGAUGAUGAAGGACGUCUUCUUCUUCCUCUUUCUCCUGGCGGUGUGGGUGGUGUCCUUCGGCGUGGCCAAGCAGGCCAUCCUCAUCCACAAUGAGAGCCGCGUGGACUGGAUCUUCCGUGGGGUUGUCUACCACUCUUACCUCACCAUCUUUGGGCAGAUCCCAACCUAUAUUGACGGCGUGAAUUUCAGCAUGGACCAGUGCAGCCCCAAUGGCACGGACCCCUACAAGCCAAAGUGUCCUGAGAGCGACUGGACAGGGCAGGCACCUGCCUUCCCCGAGUGGCUGACGGUCACCCUGCUCUGCCUCUACCUGCUCUUUGCAAACAUCCUGCUCCUUAACUUACUCAUCGCCAUGUUCAACUAUACCUUCCAGGAGGUGCAGGAACACACAGACCAGAUCUGGAAGUUCCAGCGCCACGACCUGAUUGAGGAGUACCAUGGCCGACCCCCGGCCCCUCCCCCAUUCAUCCUUCUCAGCCACCUGCAGCUCCUGAUCAAGAGGAUUGUCCUGAAGAUCCCUGCCAAGAGGCACAAGCAGCUCAAGAACAAGCUGGAGAAGAACGAAGAGGCAGCCCUCCUGUCCUGGGAGCUCUACCUGAAGGAGAACUACCUGCAGAACCAGCAGUACCAGCACAAACAGCGGCCAGAGCAGAAGAUCCAGGACAUCAGUGAGAAAGUGGACACCAUGGUGGAUCUGCUGGACAUGGACCGUGUGAAGAGGUCAGGCUCCACAGAGCAGAGGCUGGCCUCCCUGGAGGAACAGGUGACUCAGAUGACCAGGGCUUUGCAUUGGAUCGUGACAACCCUGAAGGACAGUGGCUUUGGCUCGGGGGCAGGUGCGCUGACCCUGGCACCCCAAAGGGCCUUUGAUGAACCAGAUGCUGAGCUGAGUAUCAGGAAGAAGGUAGAGGAACAAGGAGAUGGUUACCACAUCAGCGCCCGCCACCUCCUCUACCCCAAUGCCCGCAUCAUGCGCUUCCCUGUGCCUAAUGAGAAGGUGCCCUGGGAGGCGGAGUUUCUGAUCUACGACCCUCCAUUUUACACAGCUGAGAAGAAGGAUGUGACUCUCACAGACCCUGCGGGAGACACGGCAGAACCUCUGUCUAAGAUCAGUUACAACGUCGUGGAUGGACCCACGGACCGUCGCAGCUUCCACGGAGUCUAUGUGGUCCAGUCUGGGUUCCCUUUUGUUUGAAGUAACUGUUCCUAGUUGACCACAUAGCUGGAGGUAGUGGGAGCGGGGUAUGCAAGGCAGAGAAGGAGCUGGGCCAGUCAGCUUUCUAUCGUUAUGAAACACCCAGGACAACCAGCCGAGAAACAGAGAAUUCUCACUGUGGCCUCAGUUUGAAAGCUUUUAGUUCAAACUCAAGGUGAGACCCUGAUGGCUCUGUGGGAAGGAAACCCCAUCAUGGCAGGGUGUGUGGAAUAGAGAGAACUGCUCCUCUCAUGGCUGGGAAGCAAAGGGGGAAGAGGAAUCUGGGGUUCCUCAAAGGACAUCCCGAUGACCUAAGUCUCCCAUCAGGCCUCGCGGCGCUUCCAAAGGGCUCUACCUCCCAGUGGCUCCAUGCCAAGGCCAACCUAUCCAUCAGGUGGCAGGGGACACCAGGACCUCAGCUGAGC